AUGCCACCCGGCAGAAUGUGUCUUUCGGAAAGAGUCAACUUUCGAAAGGUUUGGCCUUGUGAGCACGAUAAAACUGCUGCCGAGAUUUUGGAAGAAAGAGAAGAUCGUGAAGCGGCCCUUCGUGGUGCACCGUCUGCAUUCGCCCGCACUGGAUUCUAUGAUCGUUUGUUCCGCCAACAGAAUCUUCCAACCGUCUACGACGAUAACAUUCCUUAUUACCCAACCUAUGGCUAUAACCCGAACAAGCCAGUUUGGGGACUCUAUCGCUACUCGAACUACUUUAUCAAUCCUUGA